UUGCGAAGCAGUUUCUCGGUCAGUGGCGGCUUCUUGAAGUAUUUUCCAAGGACUUUUCGACAAACUGGACCAAUAAUAACAGGGUACAUGUGUAUGUACCCUAAGUGUCGAUAUGUGUGCGGGUCACCUUCACCUUUGCUUUGGGUAGCGUGGAAUAAACAUACUUUGUUUCGAUUUCAGUCUACCUCAAAAUCUUCACGUUGUACACAGAAUUUUUCUGCGAUUUCUACAUUGUAAGUUAUUUCCUAAAUAAUUUUUAUUAUGAAAUAAUAAUUUUGCAAUCCUUACAGUUCGAAAUGGCACCAAACAAUAUGAAGGUCAAGAGAAAAUACGUGGAGUUGAGUGUGGCGCAGAAAUUACAACUAAUCGAGAAGUUGGAACAAGGCACCUCAGUGACGGAUGUUUGUAACAUGUAUGGCAUACACCCAAAUACUGUCUCGAAAAUCAGGAAAUCAAAGUCCAAAUUACAAAAUUUUUUUUUAACACACAAUAGUGAUAGCUCUAAAUUACAUGCUUCUACAGUAGGGAAUAAAAGACGCAUGAAUUUUGGGCCAUAUAAAAAUUUAGAUACAGCUCUGUAUAAGUGGUAUAGUCAACAAACAUCCAGUGGUAUUAAUGUACAACAGCACCAGUUGACAUCGGGGUUUAGUGCUCUUGUAACACAUAUGAGACUCAGUAUCAAGCGUCCUGCGGGCUGGCUGUACAGGUUUAAGAAGAGACAUGGCAUUAUGGAUUCUUUGCUCGAGGCACCCUGUAGUGAACCUUCAGAGUCAGAAAAGAAAAACAGCACCGAAGACAAAGUUAUUCCAGAAGAACCUAUAAAAGUUGAGAAUUUGCCUUCUUCGUCAUCUUCGCCUCCAACUACUUCUACUCAUCGCAACAUUUCUAAAUUAAAUGCUUCAACAAUAAGGAAUGAAAAACGCUUGUCACGUUCGAAAAACGCAAAUUAGAUAAAGCUCUGUAUGAGUGGUAUAGUGAACAUAGAUCCAGUGGUAUUAAUGUACAACAGGUCCAGUUGAGAUCGGAGUUUAGUGCUCUUGUUACACGUAUGAGACUCAGUAUCAAGCGUCCUACGGAGUGGCUGUACUAUUUUAAAAAGAGAUAUGGCAUUAUGGAUUCUUUGCGCGAUGCACCCUGUAGUGAACCUUCAGAUGCAGAAAAGAAAAACAGUACCGAAGACAAAGUUAUUCCAGAAGAACCUAUAAAAGUUGAAAAUUUGCCUUCUUCGUCAUCUUCACCUCAAACUACCCCUACACCUACGAAAAAUUUCGGAGAAUCUGUAAAAGUUGAGAAUUCCUCUACGAAAUCAUGUUCGUCUCCGACUGAUGUUUAUCACAAUUACGUUUGGUCGGAAUAUGAUAUUAAAUCUGAAGGUUCCCUUUCACCUUGAUAAAUCCUCAGAUGACAAAUAAUAACUCGCUAUCACUAUAGUUACAACAACGCUGUCUCUCUUCGACUACUUUGUUAAUGAACUAAGAAUAUUUAGAAUGAUAUAUUGUAACAAUUUUAUAUUGUAUAGUUUUGUAUACCAUAUUAAAGCUAUUUUACAUUAAAGGCAUUAUGGAACAAUAAAAA